AUGGCACUACCCAUGCUGAUUAACGGCGCUGAGUGCGGUCUAUCUAAUGGACUGCAGAGUCUGACCAAGAAUCUUGAAAGAGAUCGUGGGUUGCAGCAAGAUUUCUUUGGCGCUGGACGAGCUGGCCCAUCUCGAGAAACCUUUCGUUCUACUCCGGCGCCUGCUCCAGGGCUUGGCCAAGAAGCAGCACAGUUCUUCUCUUCCCAAUCAUCACAUGGACCAGCUUUCCAGCCCGACGCUUUCAACCUUGCCGCAAUACGCGAUGCUAUACCCCAACCUAUCCAACAGUGGACUCAAGGACGACCUCAAAUACAAACUCAUGCACCCACUGCUUCAUGGGCCACGGACUUCCUCGUUCAGGGGAAGACGGCGUCGCCCGUCAAUGUGCAAGCCGCCACUCCUAUUCAACAGCAGCAGGAGCAACAGCGACAAAUGGUUACUUCUCCGGGCCCUUCCACGUAUAUCCAGCCCUACAAUAUGCCCACGAUGAGCAUGAACAUGAAUCAGAUGCACACAUUCUCCCCUCCCGCACAAGCGCAACGAUCAUCACCGGCCGCACAGUUUGAUUCGUCUGCUCUUGAACAGGCAUUUCACACACACGAGACGACCUUCGCUCAACCACAGCCUGUCGCGCAGGAACUCUUGUCCGAGCAGCGGAGACUUGAGGAAGACGAGUUGGCACGCACCGCAGGCCAGAUUGUCGACGCUGUUGGCAGCAAUCCGAAGUUCAAGGAGAGCUCGUUCAUGGGCCUCAUGCGUCAACUUCGAGAUCACGAUGUCGUCGUAUCGGGCAAUGACAUGGUGCCGCGCUCCGAAGCGCAACCGGAAGCUACGACUUCUAAGUCGCGACCUGAGUACGCGUAUCGGCAUCCGUCACAGACAACAUAUCAAGGGCAGACCUUCGCGUCCAGUGGAUUAGCCGUUCCCCAACCAUUAGGCGAGGUGGAUGUAAAGGGGAAGGGUCGACAAGUCGACGUCGACACACCGCCACUCUUACAAGGCGCAUCGACGACCGGUGCGUCCACAUCUGAGAUGGACGCGUACUGGGAGGAGGAGAAUGCGAGCAUGGCGGAGUACUGGGGUGCCCACCAUAAUCGUGCCGAUGCCCAAGCGCGUGCCCGUGCUGCGGAGACGAAGGAAGGAGGCGAAUGGGGACAGUUGCAGGCGGACUGGGAUGCCUUUGAGGCGACUGCGAGCGGGGUCAGGGCUGUAGGGGCGGAAGGACAUGGAUACGACUUCCAAGCGAAUAAUCCGUACCUGCUGGGAUCCAGUACUCGAACGCACGCCAUGCACUCUCAGCACGGUGCCUUCUUCGAGAGCGUGUUGCAACUCGAGGCGUCCGUACAGUGCGAACCGACUAAUGCGCGUGCUUGGUUCGACCUGGGUAUCAAGCAGCAAGAGAAUGAGCGGGAAUCGUUAGCGCUUAGCGCACUCCGUCGGGCGGUGGAGUUGGACCCGGGACACCUUCCGGGAUGGCUUGCGCUCGCGACAGCCAGCACGAACGAGGGUCUUCGUGGCGAGACGGUGCGGGCUGUGCGGGAAUGGAUCGUUCGUAACGAGCGGUACUCGAGCGUCGUAGCGACACAUGGAGGGCCUGGCGAGACGAUGGAAAGCACUGUGCAGUGCCUCAUUGCUAUCGCCCGUGCGGGUGGUGCAGACGUCGACGCCGAUGUCCAAGUCGCAUUGGGCGUGUUGUUGAAUGCGGACGAGGACUAUGAGAAAGCGCGGGACUGCUUCCAUGCCGCAUUGGGUGUACGCCCGGACGACUGGGUGCUGUAUAACCGUGUCGGCGCGACGCUCGCGAAUAGCGGUGCAAGCGAGAACGCCACUGCGUUCUACUACCGCGCUCUCGAACUCAACCCCGCUUACAUCCGUGCACGGUUCAACUUAGGCAUCUCAUGUAUAAAUCUUGGGAGGUACGCCGAGGCAGCGCAGCAUAUCUCGGAUGCCCUUGUAUUGCAAGACGGGGAUGGCGUCGCCGGCGCAGACACUCGAGGCGUGACUAGCGCGUCGCUUUGGGACAGCCUGCGGACGACGUGUCUGCACAUGAAGCGCAUCGACAUGGCUGCACUCUGCGAUCAUCGCGAUCUGGAAGGUAUCCGCCGGGACAUGGCUCAGGCGUAG